UUGUUUAAUUCUUUGUUGGUAGGAGAGGAGAGAGGAAGGAGGACUCGUCCAUCAGAAAGUUGUGAGAAGUCGUCGUCGACGUUCUGUCUCUUUUCUGUCGCCUUUUUUUCUUGGUUUUCGUCCUAGUCGUCGUCGUCUUUUGGUCGUCGUCCCCACAACCUCUCCGCCACUCGUCGUCACCCUCGUCGUCGUCGUCAUCAUCAUCAUCGCCUAGCGAAAAAGUCCUUCUCUUAAAGAGGAGAAGGACGAUGGCUGCUUCCACCCCUUCUUCGAGGUCAGAGUUUAUCGUGGGUGGGAGAUAUCGUCUCGUGAGGAAGAUUGGGUCAGGCUCUUUUGGAGAUAUAUACUUGGGCAUCAACAUAACAAAUGGAGAGGAGGUGGCUGUGAAGCUCGAGAGCUGCAAGGCUCGUCACCCUCAGUUACUCUAUGAAAGUAAAUUGUACAAAAUUUUACAAGGGGGCGUAGGAAUUCCUCACAUUCGAUGGUAUGGGCAAGAACGAGAAUACAAUGUAUUGGUUAUGGACCUUCUUGGACCCAGCUUGGAGGACCUAUUUAACUUCUGUUCUCGUCGGUUUACCAUCAAGACUGUAUUGAUGCUAGCUGAUCAAAUGAUUGGACGAGUGGAGUAUAUUCAUACGAAAAACUUCAUUCAUCGCGAUAUCAAACCCGACAAUUUUCUCAUGGGGAUUGGGCGUCAUUGUAACAAGCUAUACUUGAUCGACUUUGGACUCGCCAAGAAGUACCGCGAUUCUCGUACUCGUCAUCACAUUCCGUAUCGUGAGGAUAAGAACUUGACUGGAACCGCUCGUUACGCCUCCAUUAAUGCUCAUCUAGGAAUAGAGCAAAGUCGACGGGAUGACAUGGAGUCACUUGGAUACGUAUUGAUGUAUUUCAACCGAGGCAGUCUUCCGUGGCAAGGUCUGAAAGCGGCAACGAAGAAACAAAAGUAUGAAAAAAUCAGCGAAAAGAAAAUGUCAACUCCUGUCGAACUUUUGUGCAAGGGCUACCCAGCGGAAUUUGCUAUGUAUCUUAAUUACUGUCGUGGCCUGCGCUUUGAGGAAGUUCCAGAUUACAUGUACCUUCGACAACUUUUCCGCAUUUUGUUUCGAACCCUGAAUCAUCAAUAUGAUUACACUUUUGAUUGGACAAUGCUGAAGCAGAAGACCGUGGCUUCGCUCGCAGCAAAUUCUACAUCUCAGCAACCAGCGCCACCGCAGGCAGCCAGUGUUCCAGGUAACACACCCGGAGACGCGUCCCGUAUAUUAAGCGAUUGAUCUGAACAGUGUCAAAUAGUUAUGUAACUGGCGGUGUGUACUGAUUCUCUCUGCACCACCCUUGUGUUUACAGAAUCAUACAAGAUAUGGGAUUUUUUUAACUGUACUUGCAAUGAACUAAAUUUUUUGUGUUACGUAUCAAAACCUAUGGUUACUAGUAAACUUUUAUGUUCAAUGAAUCCCGUUUUCCAUGAAUAAAAUUUUCGUCCGUAAAUUAAGAACAUGCAUAUGUAA